CUCCUCCCGCGCGCAGGGUGAACUGGGCCGCAAACGCCGCCUCGACCGCCUGUGCCAUGGCCCCGUUGCGCUUUGCCGCGAACCUGGCCUGGCUCUUCCAGGAGGAGCCGACAUUAAUUCAGCGCAUGGAGGCGGCUUCGCGGGCCGGAUUCCGAGCGGUUGAGCUGAGCUUCCCCUACGCCUGCAGCGCCCCAGAGCUGCGCGCGGCAAUGGAACGGGAGGACCUGGAGGUGGUCCUCCUCAAUACUCCGCCGGGGAACCAAGAGAAAGGUGAUAAGGGUUUAGGAGCAGUGCCUGGACGCCAGCCUGAAUUCCGGGAAGCCCUGGCUUUGGCUGUGAAGUACGCCAAGGAGCUGAAAUGUCCAAGGAUCCAUCUUUUGGCUGGCCGAAUUCCUAUAGGCGCUAAAAGGGAUGCUUUGUCAACUGAGAUGGAAGCCACCUUUAUUGAAAACCUCAAAUACGCUGCUGACAUCCUGAAGCAGGAAAAUCUGAUUGGAUUAUUGGAACCUAUUAAUAACCUGAUUAGUGAUCCCCAUUACUUCUUGACCACACCACAGCAAGCUGCUGCUAUUUUGGAAAAGGUAGGAAGCCCCAGUUUGAAGCUGCAGCUGGAUAUUUUCCAUUGCCAGAUCACGAAUGGUAAUCUGACCCAGAAUUUAAAGACAUAUUUCCCAAUUAUUGGACAUAUUCAAAUUGCCCAAGUACCAGGACGACAUGAACCUGAUAGCCCUGGAGAACUGAAUUUCUCCUACUUAUUCCAGUUACUAGAGUCAAUGAGUUAUAGUGGCUAUAUAGGCUGCGAAUAUAAACCAAAAGGCAAGUUUUACUUUAUGUGAAAAGGAAAUUAUCUUGUUAGAUGAAAUUGAUUAUUGCAUGUUGGAAGCUUUGGCCAGCCCUGCAGCCUCAAAGAGCCCAGGUUAGCUGUCAAGAUGUUAUUUCUGCUUAAUGGAAGUGUUUAUGGUUGCCCCUGCAGGUGACACGCUGGAUGGAUUAAACUGGCUGUACUCAUACUGGGAAAAUCAUUGUAUGGGAAAAGUUGAGAAAAAAUGGAAAUAAAGACCAUUAUAGAUGGAGUAACCAACAGUAACCAUUGCUAUAUCCCACUAGAGGGAAUGACCACCCUUUUGCCACUGGCUGAGCUACCGAAAACAUCCCGUUAUUUUUGCAUUAAUAGGAUGAUAUUUCUCAAUAAAGUAAGAUGGCCAA